GACACAAAAGGGGGGGAAAGGAUGGAGUAGAAGCCAGAGGGGGUGGGGGGUAUCAGUGAGGCUUGGAGACAAUGACUGUCUGCUUGUUCACCCCCCCUUCUAUGCACUCUCCUAUCCCGAUAACCUGAAUCUUUGCCCGGAUGUGCCACAACUCCUCCAGCUGUCACUGCACCGGCUGCCUCUCAUUCAGCACUCCCGCAGCCUGCGAGAACUGCUCCAGCGGUCGGAUGGUACCCCGGCACCCGCUGAAUACAUGGAUGAAUGCUGGAUCUGCAGGGGAUCUGUGCUUUCUUGUCCUUUUCACCUCUGAUUUGUGUUUCAAGGAAAUAUGGUGAGCAAAGAGGACAUCACAUGUGCUGUUCUCUCAAAUUCAGAUGAUUCUGACUCAGAAACGGGCCAGUCGCACACUGCACACUCCGAGGCAGAAUCCGGCAAGCAGCAGGUGAAGAAACGGAACAAAGCCUUACAAGUGCGUUUUAAGGAUAUCUGCGAAGCUCAGAACGAGCGCCUGGGAAGACGCUCACGAUCCAUUUCCUGCAAAGUAACCCACAGAAAGUACAUGACCAUGCCCGCCAGACGCUCUAUUCCAAACGUGACCAAGAGCACCGGUGUUCAGACCUCCCCCGACCUCACUAAGCGAUACAAGACUUUCCCGUUUGAGAGGAAAAAAGGACACACGUUUAAACAUACUGCUUUGGUGGAAGAUUACAGAGGACAUAACAAUGGGUUUUUGAGCGAUAUAAAAGCAGGAGGAGAGGACGCACAAGCAACUGGGGAGUCUUCUCGGUACAAGGGUAAGAUUGUAGGGCAAACAAAAGCCCUGCUUCACCACACUGAUGACAGCAGUGAUGCAGACGAUUUGCUCUCCAGUGCCAACUGUGUGGAUGGACCCUCAUGUCCAGAGCCCACAACUUUCAUGGAAGAGAGUCAUCCGAGUGGACCUUCUUCUAAAGACGAACCAGAGUACCAGGUUUGUGGGAAAUGGGCCAAACAUAAAGGAUUAUCCACAGAAGAAAUGGAUGGUGGCACUUCCACAAAACGUCAGCUGAUGGAUUCUGAGAUUUCACAAAACAAAUCAAAGGGCAUGGGUCCAGUUGCAUGGAACUCACUGACAAAUGUGGAGUCUAUAGGAAGCCCCSCCGGAAGCUGUAAACGGAAAAAGGGUCCGCAACUAAACGAACAGCAGUCGCAGACCUUUCCUCAUAGUGCCAAAUGUUCUGUGCAGUCACAAGGGAAGUGUCGGACGAGGCAUGUGUCUGCUUCAUCAAAACUCCAGCAAUCAGAUGAAGGGGACGGGAGCUUUCCACCAGGGGGCACAAAGCCCCCCGGCAUGGGGAGCAGCCAGCAAAUAUUGCCCUUAUCUGGAGACAAGGAUAUCAAAGCACAGCUGCAGGCGAUGGAGAGUCUCAUCAGCUCAAGCCAGGAGACCAUCAAGGUUCUUCUCGGAGUUAUUCAGGAGCUGGAGAAGGGUGAAGCGCAAAGAGAAGGGCUCUCCUACAGAACAGGACAAGACACGGCUAAUUGUGACACGUGUCGAAACAGCGCCUGCAUCAUUUACAGUGUUGAGCUGGACUUUAAGCAGCAGGAGGAUAAAUUGCAGCCCCUGAUGAAGAGACUGUGUCCGAUGGACAGCAAACAAUGCCCUGCACUGCCUUAUUCCAAUGAAGUCUUCACCUCCACCCCAAAACGCAAGUCUAAGUCAGAGUCCAAGAAGCAUGCUCGAUGGAAACUCUGGUUCCUUUGAACAAAACAUGAAGGCGUUGGAAACAGCCAUUUUUGUUUGGGUGCAUUACUGCCCAAAUUAUUCACAGAAUGGUUGAAGAAAUGUGAAGAUUGGGAUGGAUGGGAUGGAUCAACCCAUGCAAAUGGACGAUGUCGGGAGCCAAGCUGAUUUAGCUGAGACUGUCAGGUCAGCUGGGGGAACAUCAGAGAAAUAAAACAUUUUAAAUUCAGUCUAUUCUUUUUUCUGCCACGUUUGCUGGACAGGAUCUACACCUUCAACAACAAGGCAUCUUCCAGUGAAUGCRAUGCACUUUUGGUCUUUUGCCCAUAGAGCAUACUGUUUGGCAAUGAGAGGAGGUGCCAUGUGGAGGGUCUCGUUUGGAGGAAGCUCUAAUAUUUGAAUGGACAUCAGCCACACCUCCCGAAAAGCACAAAACAUUUAGGUAUUGAAACGUGCAAAAGACUGAAACCCAGUGACGGUUCGUAUGGACUGUUCUUGUCACCCUGAACUUUCUUCCUCUUUCUUAUUUGUUAACUCGCAGCACUUUUCCCCCUUGUGUGACUGAAUAUUUGCUUGCCUUUGCUGGUAUUUCCUUACAUGUCUUUCCAACUCCGUCCCUUUAUCCUUCUGUCCACUUAUGUUUUACCUCACUGUGCAGCCAACCAGCCAGGACAUGGCUGUUUUCARUUUUUCAUUUGGCUAAUAAUUUCAAGAAUUUCUAUUUUAGAAUAUAUUAAUGUUUUUAGCAAGGUACUGUGAAAUCCAAUUUUCCAGCUUAAAAAUUGAUUACUCUUAUAGCAGGUACAAUAUUUAAAGAUAGAAGAAAUAAUCUGCAUUGAAUCCUAUUUUUAUCAGCAGAUAGAAUGUUUUGACUACUUAUACAGUAUUUUUAUGAAUGCUCUCUUUUUUUGGAAUUUCAGAUAAAUUGAAAAGGCUUUUUUAACAAUUGUUGCAUUUCUGUCACCUGAACCAGCUGCCCUCAGGUCAAAAUGACCAAUGAGGCCUGCUCAGUUUCAAACUGAAGCUUUGUGGGUCAUUUUGACCUAAUAGCAGCAGGGGUUUAAAGGUGUAUUGCUGAAGAUAAAGUAGCAAAGCUUAAUAAUUUGUGUUUUCAUGUUGAGUUUACUUUUUCAAAGUUGGUUUUCAUUAUGAAUUGAUUUUGCUAUUCAGCUACAAACUAAUGUAACUUUUUUUUCUAAAACGCCAAAACUUGUGUGUCAAACCACCCUACCAACUUUGCACUGAACUUGCAGCAGGAGCAGAAGGGCUAAAACCAGAGCUAGAGGAAUGGGACAGUAAUCACUCAGCAGUUGUAGCCACCAGCUUUGGUCAUGUACAUAAAAACAAAGAGAUGAAGCCCUGAUGAUGUAGCAGUGGCUAAGAGCUUGUUACAAAGCAGGUGUUAACUGAAUCCUUUCAUCGACUUUAUAUUUGUAGCUUUUUGAGAACAUUAUUUUAAAAGUACAAGAAAUGUCAGGAAGACAAAUGCUGGCUUCCCAUCAAUGAAUUACACAACAGAUGAUCAAGCCACUGAUACCCAUGUAAGAGCCGUACUUUAAGAAAGUGCAAUUUAGUGAUUAUGUGCAAUACUAUGUAUUUUUCUACUGUUUCUACAUCACAAUUAAAGCAUUUUCAACUGAAGACGGUCCAGUGUGCUCCUGUCUACAUAAUUCAAAGUGCAAAAAGAGUUUUUCCCCUCAUUAUCAGCAGAUUGCUAUUUUUUUAAUAAUCCAGUUUAUGGUUUGAAAUAUUCACUUUCAAACAUUUACAGUAUUCUUUGAAAAGAAUGUAAAUUUAACAAUAAAAUACCUGAGCACAAGCUAAA